GUGAGCCCACACCAACGCACAAACCGGUGGGUGGUCUCGCUCGCUAAAACACAAUUCUAUCUCCCGCUGAUCAUCGCAUCGCAGACCCUGAGACACGGCAUGGUACGGCGCCAUUGUCCAUGCGAGAACCGUGUUGCUGGUCAGGGCCAUCGUCCGUGCUGCUUCGCUGCUCGGCGCUGGACAGUUCAGUCCAGUGGUGAGCGUUGCCGGAUUAGCACACACGCCGGUCCAUAGUAGACACAGAGAAUGGCGACGACACUCAUUUGGUUGCUAGUGGUUGUUGUGUCACAGGUUGCUACGAGUGGUAGCGCGCAGGAACUGUUUCCGCUUUCGAUCGUGCACAUCAACGAUUUUCAUGCGCGCUUCGAGGAAGUGAACGCGGCCAGUGUCACGUGUGAUGCGGCCAGCGGUGAGCAGUGUGUCGGUGGGUACGCCCGGACGGUGACGGUGGUGAAGCGGUUACUAGCGGAGCGCCAGAACGCAAUCUACCUCAAUGCCGGUGACAACUUCCAAGGCACCCUCUGGUACAACAUUCACCGGUGGAACGCGACAACGGAGUUCCUCAACAUGCUGCCUGCGGAUGCAAUGACCAUCGGUAAUCACGAGUUCGAUAAUGGCGUCGAAGGGGUGGUUCCGUUUCUGGAGCGGAUCGCCUCACCGGUGCUGCUGGUGAACGUGGACAACAGGGGCGAACCGGCGUUUGCUCGGUUCAGCAAGAGUCUGGUGUUGGAGCGUGGUGGUCGCCGGAUUGGACUGAUCGGUGUCAUCCUCAGUACGACGGAUACGAUCGCCAAUACGGGCGAGCUGGUGUUCCAGGAUGAGGUGGAAACGGUACGCGCCGAAGCGGAACAACUGACGGCGCAAGGGGUGGACAUUAUCGUCGUCAUUUCGCACUGUGGCCUCGAUGUGGAUCGUGUGAUUGCGGCCAAUGUGGGACCGCUGGUGGACAUUAUUGUUGGGGGACAUUCCCAUAGCUUCCUGUACACCGGUGAUCAUCCGACGAUUCCGAUGACACCGGUGGCCGAAUAUCCGACGGUGGUGGAGCAACAACCCGGUGGCCAUCGGGUGCUGAUCGUACAGGCCUCAGCGUACACGAAGCUCGUCGGAGAUAUUGUGCUGUACUUUGAUGGCCAAGGAAUCAUCCAACGCUGGGAGGGUAAUCCGGUGUACCUCGCUAACGAAAUCGAACCGGAUGCGGAGAUUGCGGCCGCACUGUUACCGUGGAAGGUCGCGGUUGAUGAGAUCGGUAACCGCCGGAUCGGUGCGACCGGUGUCGAUCUGGAGAAGGCUACGUGCGGUUACGGGGAGUGCAAUCUCGGCAGUCUUAUCGCGGACUCGAUGGUGGCGGCCUUUGUGCCACGUGCCGAACCGGGCCAUUGGACGUACGCAGCCAUCGCGGUGCUCGCUGUCGGUGGUAUACGAGUUGGAUUGUUCCGUGGUGAUUUGGCCUUCAAGAACCUGAUUGAGGUACUUCCGUUCGAGAAUGGGCUCAUGUGCUUCGAGAUACGCGGCGAUCAUCUCAUCGAGCUGUUGGAGUACAGUGUGGAGAAGUCUUGGGAUGAUGAUCGCUUUAAUGGAGCCAAUAUGCUGCAAGUGUCGGGCCUGCACGUUGUCUACAACGUGACCAAUCCGAUCGGUGACCGUGUAAUGUCGCUGGAUGUGCUGUGCCAUGAGUGUGCGAUACCACGGUACGAACCGGUGCACCCAUUCCGGAAGUAUCGUGUCAUCACCAACUCUUUCUUGGCCGGUGGUGGCGACGGGUUUACGAUGUUUGAACGAUACGGUCAGAAGCGAGUGCUAGGACCGGUUGAUAUCGAUGCGUUCGAGACGUACGUGCGUGACCGUUCGCCCGUUCUCCAGGGUGUGGAUGGAAGGAUUACGGUUCUAACGUAAUGUCACCGGGCGCUCCAGUAUGUAGUGUAGUGUAUCGACGGACCUUUGUCCCGUGCUUCAUCUCAUUUUAAAUGCCAAUCAAUCAAUUGUAAUUCCGUACCAGCGCGUAAAAAAGCUACACAAAGGAUAGCUAUUUGACAAACUAAUAAAUCUUACUCUAAGUCAAACAUAA